CAACUCUCGACUCCUAAUUUCCUUUUCAAAAUAAGAUUUGAGCAGCCCGAAGCAUUCACACUUGCUUGCUAUAAGAGUCCCUUGUCUCUCGAUGCUUCCCUGCAGUCUACCACCCUCCACUACCCAACCAGUCUCCAGGUAGCUUCAUCGUCAUCAUCCGAGCCUCUCACAUUCUUUUGCCUCUGCUUCAAGAAGACAACAAAAUGGGACGUCUGAGCGGCGGCUGUUGGGCACUGUUGGUCGGCGUUACCUCCGCCGUGAGGUUCGACAUCGUACCAGACACCACAGGUAUAGACAGUCUCGGGUCGAACUUGCCAACUCUGUACUCCUUCCAGGAGUCUCAACUGGCCUCUGACGCGUCAAACUCCUACUGGGCUGCUUCCUUUGUCACAGCUUCCAACGAUCGUCAGUAUGCAAUCAUGUCUCAGCAGAUGCCGACGGGUACCGGCCAGAGCAUCUUCCAGUCAUCAAUCCUGGAUCUCGAAGACACCAACAACUACUGGCUCACAGCUGGACUCGCGCCGCUGCAAGGAAACAUGACAAUCAAGAACGGUCUGCUCGACAUUGAAGUCCAGGGUUCCGCUUUCAGAAGCGAUUCCAGUGACAGUUUCUCGACAUUGAACACGUGGGGUGAGUAUGAUGCUUUCGCGUUCAACCUCACCUUUGAAGCCUCGUCGCCCGUCAUACUCAACGCCGGUGUCGGUCGCUUCCGCUGGGGCACCGGGACCACGACGCAAUGGUCGCUGCCGAGCUGCCUGACCCAGGGCUCCUUCACCAUCAACGGAACCACUCUCGAGGUCGACCCCACGAGAUCUCUGACCUGGUACGACCGCCAGCACGGCGUCGGCGGCCCCAACAACUUCACCUGGUUCGGACUCAACUUCCCUGGCGGUAUCAGAGCCAGUAUCUGGUACUCCGACACCGCAGAGCCGAGCCAGCAGCUGCGCUUCGCCACCAUCCGUGCCGAAGACGGGCUUCACAUCGUUCGCUUCAAGAUGAUGCCCGGGAACGCGACUACCUGGACUUCCCCGGUCACGAACACGACGUACGCUCAGGACUGGAAGCUCUUCUUCGACAAUGGCGAUGCCCUUGUCAUCAAGAGCAUUCGCCAAGACCAAGAGAAGGGUGCAGGUUCGGGUAGGUUUUACAGCGGAGUCGUGGAGGCGGAAGGCAGCCUUUUUGGUCAGCAGAAGGGCUUUGGCUUUGUUGAUAUUAUUCCUAAGCUCAGCUAG